AUGAAGUUGAAGACCUUCGCGUCAAUGAAAAUGAAGAAGUCUUGCUCUGUUAAGGAACUAAACCUAACAUUAAAGGCUGACAGAGAUAUCUUUGCGCGACUGUUGGUUAUCUGUGGAAAACGAGAAAUUUCGUUAAGUGACGUUUUUGCAUUUUCGUUGGGACCUAUUCCUUGGUCGUUAGCCACGUUAGAUGGAAGUCUGACAAAAACGGUUAAAUCCAAAUUAUUAAAUGCUAUCGAAAAUGAUGUCGAUGAUGCAACUGUGAGUGCUCUACCAGAUGAGUGUGUCCGAGUCUACGAUGGAAUGAUUAUCAUUCAGCAAUUACCUUCCGUAUGUUUGGCAACAUUCGGCGACAUUUCCGAAUACGUCCUAAAAAGAAUUACAUCUCAUUCAUCAAAAGUUAUUUACAUGGCCACUGAUCACUAUUAUGAUUGUUCCUUAAAAGGCAGUGAACGAAAACGACGUGCUUCUGCUGGGAAUAUCCGCGUACAGAUUAAUAGGAGAGAUCAAAAGCCACCUAAGCAAUUUAAGAAGUACCUGAGUGAUGGUUCCAACAAAGUCGACCUUGUAAAAUUCCUUCUUCUUGACUGGUCAGACCCAGAACGUUUUAGAGAAGUCAUCAUGGGUAGAGUCAUAUUUCUGAUAGUAGAGUGCAAGGCUUAUCGAUUACAGGUGAUGGAGAAUAGAGUCACCUCAACGCCCGAAGAAGACCUUUCUUCUGAUCAAGAAGAAGCAGACACAAAGAUGUUCUUGUGUUGCCUGCAUGCCAUCCGUUAUUUCUCGUGUGAAAAUAUCUGCAUUUUUACAGUCGAUAGUGAUCUUGCCAUUCUCGCGAUUUAUUACAAGAAUUAUAUCCCAUGCAAUCUCUUUGUUGAAAUUGGAUCAAAAGCGAAGAAACGGAUUAUACGUAUUGCCAGGAUUUCCGAAACCAUUGGGAAAGAAUUAUCAGAUGCCCUCCCCGCGUUGCAUGCAGUUAGUGGCUGUGACACAACCAGUGCAUUUUUUGGAAUUGGGAAGCAAAAGUUCUACAAAGUUGUCAACAACUCUGAUCGGUUCAAAGAGGUAUUGGCACAAAUGGGAAACACUUUCGAUUUCGAUUUGGAUCUCUUUCCAGUCUUUCAAGAGAUGAUUGCUGCAUGUUAUGGAAUUAAGAAUUGUACCAAAAUCAACGAAGCACGCUAUCGUAAAUUCUGCACGAAAGCGAAGAUUCCUGAUCCCCAACAACUUCCACCUACUGAGGACGAGUUAUUACUCCAUUGCAAACGAGCAAAUUACGUCACUUGUAUUUGGAAGUCUGCGUUAGUUGCUACAAUCAAUCCUCCACGCCCUACAGGAUAUGGCUGGGUAGAAACCGAUGGCAUAUUGGAAGUAAAGUGGAUGAGCCAAAAACCAGCGCCUGAUUCGUUGUUAGAGUUUCUAGCAUGUGGAUGCAAAAAAUCUAAGUGUCAAAAUAAUAUGUGCAUUUGUGUGGCAAAUGGUCUAAACUGCACGGAUUUGUGCAAUUGCAAUACAUGUGCAAAUGGCUUACCAGAUGAAGACGACCUUACCAGAAAUGAUGUAUUUGAUAUGGAUGAUGACACUGAUGAUUAA